AUGAAGGUCUUUCUCUCUAUGCUGUUGGCUGCUGUGGUCUAUGCUGAGCUAGCCCAUGCUUUGCAGUGCUAUUCUUGCAGUGAGCCCGUAAGCGCUGACAAAUGCCUGGACGUAGCCAACUGUACGACAAAUGACACCAUGUGCAAGACAACAAUGUACUCCCGGGAGCAAGUAUUCCCUUUCCUGGGCGAUGCAACUGUCACACGAGCUUGUUCUUCGAGAUGCAUCCCAUCCGACGUGGAUGGGAUCGGUUUGACACGCCCAGUUACCUGCUGUAACACUGAACUCUGCAACUAUGAUGGGGCAGCCGCCAUUCAGAUCAGCUGUGUCACGGUGGGGUUCUCAGCUGCUUCCUUCUUCAUCUUUCUCGGGACUGGACUGUGA